AUGCUGCCGUAUAUCAUUUUCUUCGCCCUGUUUCUCGCUGCGGCCAGAUCCCAAGACAUCCAUCCCUCAGAGGCAUCACCCUCCAUCAGUGAGUCUUGUGACUCUUUGUGCUCCUGCGAGGAGAAAGACGGCGUCCUUCAUCUCAACUGUGAGCAGAGGAACAUCAGCAAAAUCUCCCAAAUCAAAGUCCCGCUGGGUAUGCCCUUCCACCUGAACCUCUACAAAAAUGACCUGGUGGAGCUCCGCGUCGAGGACAUGGAGGAGCUGAAGAGCGCCCUCUCGCUGCACCUUGGGGCCAACAGCAUUCAAGAGUUGGAACCGGGAGUCUUUAGCAAUUUAGGUUCACUGAAAAAGCUCCACAUAAAUAGCAAUUUCUUAGUCUACCUGAAAGAGGACACUUUUCACGGCCUGGUAAAUCUGGAGUUUCUCCAGGCUGACACAAAUUUCAUUCGGGUCAUUGAGCCAGGGGCGUUUAACAAACUGAUCCGUCUCAAGGUCCUAAUCCUCAAUGAUAAUUCGAUCGAGUUUUUGCCCAGCAACAUCUUCCGCUUUGUGCCUCUCACCCACCUGGACCUGCGUGGCAAUAAGCUGCAAACCUUGCCUUACGUCGGGUUUUUAGAGCACAUCGGACGGAUAAUGGAGCUCCUUCUGGAGGAUAAUGACUGGGUCUGUGACUGCGACAUUCUACACUUGAAAAUCUGGAUGGAGAACAUGAGAUCCCAGUCGGCCAUCGGGGAGGUGGUGUGCAGCAGCCCGCACCACCUCAGGGGCACCCUCCUCGCCAAAGUCAAGCGGGAUGUUCUCUGCCCCUCCCACGCAGAUAUAAACCUAGAGGAGCCGUCCAAGUCCCUGGAUAUGGUUGUUACCCCUUCAUCCAAAGUGGCUCAGGUCCCCAAGGUGAUGGACGCCAAGGAUGACGCCAAGCUUCCGACGCCGUCUCACGUUCCCGAGAGCCCUUGUGUGGAGCAGUGCUCUUGCCACAAUCACCCGGUGGCGGGUUUUUUGAUGCAUUGUCAGGACAGAGGGAUUCAAAGGGUGUCGGAUAUCGGAAUAAUUCAGCAAAGUCCCACCAAACUGGUCAUGACCGGAAAUAUGAUUCAGAAGCUGUUGAAAUAUGACUUUGUUACGUAUGACAGCUUAGAGCUGCUGAACCUGGCAAACAAUAGAAUCGAUACCAUCGACAAUGAAACUUUCCUCAGCCUAAGCAGCUUGAAAAAACUCUAUCUGAAUGGUAACAGAAUUGAAAAGCUGUUCUCCACAAUAUUUGUGGGUCUCCACAACCUUGAGUACCUGUAUUUGGAAUACAACCUUAUCAAAGAGAUUGCUCCGGGCACUUUUAAUCCCUUGUCAAACCUCAAGCUGUUGUCCUUGAAUAACAACCAGCUCGGCUCCCUUCCGGCACAGAUAUUCCGCAACGUGCCCCUCACCAAACUAAACUUGAGGAAAAAUCUACUUAUGCACCUGCCAGUUAGCAAUGUGCUUGAUCAACUUGACUCACUUGAGCAGAUCUAUUUAGAGGACAACCCAUGGGACUGUAGCUGCGACUUGCUCAGCCUCAAACAAUGGGUGGAGAAACUGAGAAAGGACACAGUUGUCGGCUCCAUUUUAUGUCACACCCCAAAGAAAGUGGUGCACGCCGAGCUGAGAAGCCUUCGUCACGAUCUGCUGUGUCCCGGUCUGGUGACUUUUUACUCUUUGUCCCCCGACGGGGAGGAGGAGAGCGUCACGGCCACCCUGGGGCCAGACAACAGCGGCAGGAGUCUGUUCGACUCGCUCACCGACACUGUUCCGCUAUCUGUGCUCAUCUUGAGCCUUCUCGUCCUCUUCCUCAUGGUCAUAUUCUGCUCAGCGGGUGUGGUGGUGUUUGUAGUGCACAGGCGACGGCGGAGUGCCAAGAAAAAGGCGGUGGAGGAGCAGCCCAGGGAAAACAGUGGCAAUAGCCCCAUUCACCUGCAUUACAGCAUGUACGGGCAGAAGACGACGCACCACACGCUCACUCAGAGAACGGGGUCGGCUUCCUUGUACGAAGAGAGGUCACACAGCCCCAUCGUGCAAAUCUGCCGCAACCCCACCUACUGCGCCCAGCACAAGGAGCACGAGGCGGAUUUGGAUUACAACCUGGAUGAGCCCGCCGCCAAGCACCACGCCUGCCGGAGUAUAAUGGAGCGGGAGAACACCUCUCCACUCACCGGAAACCCCAACGUCAAAUUCAGGCCCGUGACCGGAGAGUGUCCCACAGAGUUCGUCACUCUUGGGCACGCCAACUCCUUCUACAGGAACCUUCUGGAGAGAGAGAAGGAAAUCCAGCAGUUUGGAAUUACGGAGUACCUACGCAAAAACAUGCCCCACCUUCAGCCCGCCGUGGAGACGCAGGUCCCGGGGCACCAGGAGGAGCUGAAGCUAAUGGAAGCGAUCAUGUACUCGAGACCGCGCAAGGUCAUGCUCGAGCAAACUAAGAACGAGUACUUUGAACUGAAGGCGAACUUGCACACUGAGCCAGACUACUUGGAGGUUCUGGAGCACCAAACGGCGUUCAACUGA